UUCACAUUUUAUUCCUUCCUUGGCUGCUGAGAAGAUCCAUGCUGAAGGCUAACCAGUGCUGUAAACAGCAGGACCAGUAGCUGAGCACAAACAACAUGGAGGCAGUUCCAACUGACUUCAACAAAAGGAUUUACCAAGGAGUCCGGGUGAAGCAUACAGUCAAGGAUCUUCUAGCAGAGAAGAGGUCUAGGCAGACAACAGGAUCAAGGUUAAAUGGCAGUACCAAUGUUUCCCAGACUCCAUUUGUCCAAAUGUCAAGUUCACCAGUACUAUCCAGUUAUUAUGGUGUUAGAAGAUCUUUCCUUCCUGAAUCUGAGUUCCAUGCAGCAAAGCAGUACUCAAAUGAAAUCUACUCUUCAUCUCUGGGCCCAAAGUCACUAGGAUGUGAUCCUGCAUCCGUGCAGAGCUACCCACCAUUGUUGGAUCCCUAUUUCACUGAUUCUAUCGGCGACUAUAGAAACCCAUCGAUAACAUCAGCCAGCAGCUCCUUGUUCAGUGCCUCCUCGCUGCCACCACUCCUACCUCACUUCUCUGGAGACCCAUCUCAUUAUUUAUUGAGAGACUCGUGGGAGCAGACUGUACCCGACACAAUAAACCAGUUGGAUUCUUUGUGCACAGACACCUCACAAACUGUAUCCUCAUCUACAAAUUGCCUCUCAUCUGAAAAUGGAGCUGUUCACUAUCGCAGUGCAAGCAGAGGCUCUUCUUCCACACAGGGGACACAGUCUUACUCAUUGCAUGCUCUGGAUGAUGUGCAUUAUUCCACCAGCUUCCCAAGCACGUCCUCCUAUGCUUUCUCACCAUUUAUGACAGUGACCAAUGAACUUGCUCCCAAAAUGGUUCAUCAUCUAUCUCCAGAGGACUCCUCGGAGACAAAUUCUCUACAAGACAAUACCGCUUGGCCAAAGGAUGAUGCAAACACAGUAUGGGGACCAUAUGAAGCUAGGAGAAGCUACUAAAGAACUAUAUUAUUUAAUGCCGAAAUGUAAUGGUCUGUGCAAUCAUUAUAGCUCUGGUAAUACAUCAAUAGAUCAUAGUAACAAUAGCAAGUGGUUCAUAUUAUUGUUCACUUAACAGAUAACCAGGGCAAUAGGGGUCCCUUACUAAUCUCCAACAAUGUGUGUCUACAGCGCAAAUUAUAAGUUGUGAAGUCAUGCAAUUAUUUUUACAUUAUUGCUUCUGUUUGGAGUGACAAGCACACAAAUGAAUGACUCAAGACGGUGAUGAAAGCAGGUGUGCAACAUUUGGCUCCAUCUACUGGAAUUAGUAGUGACACAGGAAUGCAAUUUAUAUUACACCCAAAAACAAAACAAAAAAAACAUUAUGUUAUUUUAAGACAUAAUUGAGGUUCAAACCAGCAGUAUUUCAUGACAGAAAAUCUAAAAGUUGUAAAUAUUUAAAUUCAAAGUGACCUUCUGCUUUUGCCAAUAGGUGCAUGCCCAUUGGGUGCUAAAUCCGGAAAUAAACCACUUGCAGAAGGUCACUUCCCAAAAUCGGCAACAACACAUCUAUACAGAUACAGGGGCAGUUUAAGAGAGGAGGAGGCCCAUGUGCAAGCUCUGUGCAGGAACUCUCCUCUCCUGUGGUGCAGUAGAUGCUGUCUCUGUGUCGGAGUCUACUGCGCGUGUGGAAGUCUGCAGGAACAUGGUGGCUCUGCCAUGUGCUCAAUGUCUUACUGGGACCGGAAGGGCCCACCGGGGUAAAUGCAGUGGUAGGGGCCCAUGCUUAGAUGCUUGCCUAACCAUUAGUGAGCCCAUGGUCUGGACCUAAGUAAAUAAAUAUAGUAAAUAUACUUCUAAUGCAUGCAUGAUAAUGUACCAGAAUAAUAAUGGAAAUGCACUGUAGAAAAUACACCACAGUCCUGUACAGUAUACUGUAACAUAGGUAUAAUUCAAGAGCACAGUCUGGAACCUGAUCCCUAGAGAAAUGGGUGUGGCCCAGGCAGUAGGGCCCAUCGGGGAUUUUCCAUGCGGCCCUGUAUGCGCUCAGUGACUUCUCUAUUGCACAUAUGCAAAUGUAGGGGAAAAGGUAGCCUCCUCAUUUUCCCAGUUAUUUCUGCAUUGCCUAUGUAGGACUCGAGAGACGAAAGUAUAAUACAUGGGUGCAGGGUGUGUGCUGUGUUCCCUCCUUGACUCAGGGCCCAUGUGCACUAAAUACCCUGCGCCCAUUAUAAAUAUGUCACUGUAUAUAUAAGUUAUAUAUAAGUUAAUUUAAAGGCUUAUUUUUUUUAAAUACAGUUUAUUUCCCCUGUGCAUUUGCAAAUUUUGCAAUUAGUAAAUUACUCUCAUAAUAGGCGCCCAUGCUUUAACAUACUUUAACUUUACAAGAAAAUGGAAAACAAUUGCUAAGAUAUAAUACCCAAAUACAUGGUGCACUUACUGAACUUACACCUAAAAUACAAGUUAGCUAGUAUAAAAUACGUACUACUUUUUAUUAAAACCUACUCUUAUACACAGAUGGAACACAUGUACAGUAAUCCCAAAGUGAUAUAUCAUGUUAUGCCAAAAGGGAAUCUCUAUAACUAUCUGCUUAGCCAGAGGUUCUCAAACGUGGUCCUCAAGGCACCCCUACGGGACAGAUUUUAAGUCUAUCCAAAGCUCAGCACAGAUGGUUAAAUCAAAUUGACUGAGGCACUACUUAAGUCACCUGUGGCCAAACAUGGAUAUACUUAAAACUUGGACCGUUGGGGUGCCUUGAGGACCACGUUUGAGAACCUCUGUCCUAAGCUAUAGGUCUAAGAUGAAGGGCUGCAUUUAGAGUUCAUGCUUUCUUAGGUUUUUGUAAAUGAAUAACCCUAGACUGUUCAAAACUCACUAUUUUUAUUUAUUCAUUGAUGGGAAAAUAGUUUGUAAGAUCAAUUUACUAAGCAAAAGAAAAUAAGAAGAAAAGUAAAUUAAAUUAAUAUUAAGCAUUUUUUCAUCCUGUGGCCUUUAGCUGUUCUAUAUGUGUUGAGCUAAGUUACUGCCUUAAGAGAGAAAAAUAAAUUAGUGUCAUGUAUAAAGAAAAAUGAAUAAAAUAGAUUUUACAUACAGGAAACUUGAAUGCUGCAAGUUGUAUAUUUGUGUCAAAAAAACUUGUGUUUUAUACUUAGCGACCCUAUGAUAUGGUAAGAUAUAUAUAAGCUCUCCACUUUACUUCACUGAGAACCUGUCAGAAUAUAUGGAACUGAAUAUUAGACCUUUUUUAUUUUGAUCUUUAUUUUAAAAAAAAACGAAAUACUAGUGA